UUUGAUGUCAUUUUAUUUUCAGGGUUGCUUCUCAUGCUGACGAGAAUUAUAUGAACUCACGUAAUCUUGGAUGUAUUUUUGGACCAUUGCUUUUAAGACCACAAAACAGUCAAGGGUUAUCAGCUUUAUUAGAUUUACAAAAUCAGUCGCUGGUUGUCACACUCCUCAUAGAUUCUACAGAACGAUUGUUUGGUAAUAUAAUGGACUGUGAGGUAGAAUCUGGAGAAAACACUGAUGAAAUAUAUCCACAACAGAUGAAGAAUAUUGCCGGAAAAAACUCCAUGGGUAUUCUGCCAAAAGAAAUUCUCAAUAUGGACAAGGAUUCAAUAGAUUUGUACAAGAAAGCGCUGCAGGAUGGCAAGGUUUCUGUUUACAAUAUCCGCUUAAUGGUAGUUGGUCAUUAUGAUGUUGGGAAAACAACGUUGACGAAACGUCUCUUAGGGGAGCCUGUUAAUAUUACAGAACGAGCCAGUACAGAUGGUAUAGAUGUUCAUGUUGAUAGAUGUAAGAUCUCUCUUAAAGAUGGGGCGUGGAUUUUGCAAAAACCUGACAAAGCUCGGAAGACGAUUUUCCAUCAGCUGGCAAAGUUAUUUAAAAAGGGUGACCAAGAAGUGACUCAACUGAAAUCUUCAGAGGAGAUGAACGCAAUGUCAGAAAUCAGGGACACAUUACACGAAUCUGCAAAACCUCAGGAACAAACAGGCUCCCAGACAGGUUCUAGUUUGGAUGUCGAUAAGGCUCAGAAACAGAAAACAACUGCUGAAUAUCCAGAAGACAGAGCAAAAACAGAAAAAACACAUUCUAGAAUUCAAACAGUAAUUAAAGAAUCAGCGGAGAUUAGGGAUUUUCAUUCUCAAUCCACCAAUGACAUUGAGAAAUCAGCGGUUGAAUCAGUGGAUGAGGAGUAUACACAGAACUUGCGGCAUUUGAAGAAAUUCGUAGAAAACGUAGAAGUUGACAAAGAACAUUUGGGAACAUCCGACCUGUCGUUGUGGGACUUUGCCGGACAGAAUGUGUUUUAUGCAACCCAUCAGGUUUUUUUCUCUCGACGAGCAGUCUGUCUGCUAGUGACAAAUAUUUCCAAGCACAUUGAUGAUACAGUAGAUGACGAUCCGUGGCAUACUGAUUGCAGAGGAGAGGCAAAAUACAGAAUUGCUGGUAAGCGUAAUUUGUUAUAAGUUGUAUUUGUGAUAGAAAGUAAAGCAAAGUAUGUUGAAUGAAGACACUUCAAUAAUGUUGUUACAAUAACUGAACACUAAUUGGUUAAAAUGGUUGUCGAUUGUUAUCACCUUUGACUCUCUUUUUGUAGUAAUGUUGACAUUAACAAAAUAUAGAAGGAAACCCAAAUGAUUUUUAUUCUAAUUAACGGUUAUAAGUGUUUUGGAAGUGGACAUGCAAUGUAUAUAUAU